AUGGUACCUGGAACAAAAAAACAAAAUAAUGAAGAAACUGUUGCCCAAAGCUUAUUCAGUAUAAGAAAACAAGACCCAAUGCAGGUGCGUGACUCCACAAAAUGAUUUAAUCCUUCCAUGUGCACAUUUGAUACAAUAAGACUAACUGAAUAUAAAAAAGGAACCGACCAGCUAACAAAUAAAUAAACUUCUAUCAUACGGUUUGUCAUCUUUGAAUAAUAAUGAAGCGGUUGACACACAGCAUAGUAACGAUCAACAGAAAUAAAAACUAGAUGAAGUAUGGAAGUCGUGCAGAAAGUCAUGUCUAAGCAACUGUGUAGUUUACAGAAUAAGUCUCCAAAAUACCAGCAAGAUGUCGCUGAUCGGACCAUACUAUAAGGCAUUAUUACCAGUCCAAGAAGAAAAUCUGUUAUUGCCAAGGAUAGAAUUAAAAAGUUAGUUGGACUGUGAAGCUGUUUAAAAUGAGAAACUGAAAUGAUCACCAUUAGAUUUCCCACAAUGGUGAUUGUUAUAAUCACAGACAUGAUAAUGCACAUAGCUGAAAAUCUUGAUGGGGUAACGUUGGUCUUAGGACAGGAGUUGCUCAAGUCAAAACAAUAAAUUGAAUUUAGCUGAUUCCAGGAAACAGAUGAGUUCAUAACUCUUACAAUGAAUUUCCAGUUCAGUCACUGAAACAAGACACGAAAAAUAUAUUUAAAUAUUAGCAAAGUUGCCUAAAGAGUUUUAAUUAAAAAGGGCUUAAAUUGUGGGAAUAGGCUUUAUGUUGUAUGGUCAAUUAAUUAUAUCUCAGGCAAAACUGAUAUUUUUUGCAAUUUUAGAUUUUGUUAAAAAUAUCAAUGCAAAAAUAUAUACUGUGCUAAGAGUAAAUUCUAAAUAUGAAGCAAUGAGUAGUAAUAUACUCUAUCAGAUCUUUGCCCUAACAUCAAUAUUACAUAACCACUGUUUACAUAAUGCCUGUACACCGCUUAGCAUCUACAGAAUAUUUGAUACAUAUGUGGAAUAUUACUAUCGUCCAUGCUAUUCCUGGUUCCAUAUUUAGUUCUUUCAAAUAGAUGUUAUUAUAAAUUAUAAAUAGUUCAAUAUGAAGAGAUUUUUAAUUUUUUCUGAAUUGAAUAGUAGUCAAGUAACUUUUAAUAAUUCUAAAAUUGCUUUGGUCAAGCAAAAACAUUAUGUGGCUUUUUAUUUUUUUUUAUCAAAAAUAUUUAAUAUAUGUCCAAGGUCCAUCCACAAAUCCGAUGUUAGGAGACACUUUUCUAGUCAUAUUUAUUUUUAUGUUAGAAGGUCGUUUUCCUGUUGAGAAAUCCUGCCACUAUCAAACAGAUUUGAAACUUCAUAUUGUUUUACAAGCUCACUACAACUCACUGUUAGAUGUAUGUAUCGCUAAAUAAAUGGUGUAAUAGUUCUGCUUACCCUGUAAAUACUUUAAAACAUUAAUUUUGUGUUAUAAAACGUUGUUUAUUGCUAGACAAUGAAUUGUGAUUAACUAACAGUUGAGAUUAAUAAAUGUUUAAGAAAAACUUAAGUAGGAAAUAUUUUCCUUAUGUUAUUUGAUUUUUUUUCAAGUCUAAAUCAGACAAAUCAAAGGCAUCCUAUUUAAGUUAUAAGGAAGCCAAUAACGCUUGCAAAAAGGCAAUUAAAGUGGUUAAACUAGAAAAUGAGAAAUUGAUAGCUAAAGAAUGCAAAACCAACCCCAAAAUUUUUUUUCAAGUACAUCAAUUCUAAAAAAAACAAAAAAUGAAAGUGUAGGUACACUUGAAACAGAGUUGGGUUUAUUAGCUAAUGAAGACCAGGAAAAAGCAGAAAUUUUAAAUAACUAUUUCUCUUCAGUAUAUACUAAUGAGGGUCCUAUGGCAAGAGAUAUGCAAAUGAUUGCUGCAAAAAACUUGCAAAUAACUUGUGAUUGGAUAACUCGAGACAAGGUGCUACAGCUAUUAAAGAAAAUUAAUGUAAAUAAAGCUCCGGGGCCUGACGGUAUUCACCCAUGAGUACUUAAGUUGCUAAGUGGGGAAAUAAGUGAACCUCUGUAUUUAAUUUUUCAAGAUUCUUUUGUUUCAGGUGUUGUACCGGAGGAUUGGAGGAAAGCAGAUGUUGUUCCUAUGUUUAAAAAGGGUUCAAAAUCCUUGCCUGGAAAUUAUAGACCUGUGAGCUUAACUUCUGUAACUGGGAAAAUAUUUGAAGGGCUAUUAAGGGAUAAUAUUCAGGAAUUCAUUGGGAAGAACUUUGUUAUUAGCAAUAAUCAGCAUGGUUUUAUGAAACAUAGGUCAUGUCAAACUAACCUAAUUGCAUUCUACGAAGAAGUAAGUAGAAGUAUAGAUCAGGGUGUUGCAGUGGAUGUGAUCUACUUGGAUUUUGCCAAGGCAUUUGACACGGUUCCUCACAAUAGGUUAGUCUUCAAACUAAAAGAAAUUGGUCUAGAUGAAUAUUCUUGUUCUUGGGUAGAGUAUUCAAUCACCAAUCAAAAACUGUUAUUAGAAUAUUUCCGCAAACAAUUAAAGAUUAAUACAUGUAUCAUUUCUAAAUAAAGUUAGCAGAAUAAAGAAAAAUACAAAUUUUUUAAGAGAUAGAUAGACAGACAGAGAGAGCCAGACAGAUCGGUCGGUCGAUCGAUAGAUAGAUAGAGAUUUAGCUGUAAUUUUCUAUUCAGAUUUAUUUUGCUAUAAUUUGGUGUUUAGUGAACAAGCCACAUAGUAAUUAAAAUGGAAUUGAUAAGGAAGUAGUGUUAGUAUUUCUUAAAAUUCAAUAUCAUUAGUACAUAAUGAUUUGCAUAUGGAGAAUAAAAUAAUAAAACAUUUACCUGAUUUCAGAAUUCUUUGAUUCACAGCUUUUACUGUCUUGUUAUGGGAUUUCUCAAACCAUCCAAUAUAGGUUAAUGCAGCUCAAGCUUCUUCCUAUGUAGUAAUGGGAAUGUUGUAUCCCUUUGGAAAAUGAGCGAGAUUUUAUACACAAAAAUGUCCCCAGAAGAUUGCAAGUUUCCUCCAGGGAAAAUACUAAGAGAAAAUUCAGGCAUUACAAUAAUUAUCCGUUCAUGUGUAGCGCAGAUGUUUAUUAGGGUCAUGAUAAAAGGAACAAUCUAGUAAACUCAAAUUGCAAUAGGGUGUAUUAACUAAACAGUGAAAUAGUAUAAAGACAGCGGAUUUUGUUUUAAAUGGUUUUUAUUUUGGAGUGUAGCAUAGAGUCAAGUACAGUACAUUUAUGACAAUUGAAAUGUGUUUGCCUAUGCAGAGGCUUAGCUCAGUUGUGGAAAAGCGUUGUUCAACAGUAGGAUGUCAAAUGCAACAAGUCAAAUCGACGGUUCCAAUAUAGCGGUAACAAAGUGAACUCUUUACAGUUAACGGUUAUAAAUUGGCUGGUAAUAAUGCUGUAAAGAUUUGUAUUAUAAGCUCCCUGAGCAACGGUUAGGCGAGAGCAUGUGUCCGCUCAACCCCGCCAAGUGGGCUACAAUAGCAAGUUCAGGUAUAUGCUUUAAGGUACAUUCACAUGCAUGAGACUCAUAUAAGUACGUAUGAUAUAAACAAAAUGAAAAUGUUAAUGAAAAAAUUUUGUUCGCUCUAGAAAGCAAAAUCAUAUCAAUAUAUAGUUAUGUUAAGCUUAUCUGUGAUAAGUCUUAGCUACUAGCAUUAUAACAGUGCCUAAUAAGACUUAAGGUAAGUAGGCUAGAAAAAUCAAUAUAUAACAAAUGAAAGGUUAAAACAAUAAGGGAGCCAUGCCAGUCUUAUUAGCCGUUCGGGGGAGGCCACCUCUGGCUUAGCCGCAGUAAAUCCCCUGGGUCACCAAGUCUCCAUCUGUCUUACCCAGACCGACCCCCAGCUCACCAGCUGGGUCCUCUGCGGCACUGUGGGCACUCAGGAGCAGAAACUGUCCACUGGACCUGCCCACCUAGAAUCCACGGGCCAUUCGCCCCCUGCACCUCCCCGGCAUCACUUAAGUCCCAGUGAAGCGCGUGCCCCCCUGUCUCUCCUGGUGCCGGCCACAUACUUGGGACUGGUGCACACCACUCACGGCCAGAAGGACUACGCAAACCCACCCCACGUGGCUCAUGGUGUCAGGGACAAGGCUCUCCGGGGACCCCUUAAACCCAAAGGCCAGGGCACUCACUUCUCCAGCGGGCAGGCAAACAGUGUGGAGGAUCCAUCCGGCGCUCGGCAGUGCCCAAAUCUGCACAGGACAUCCAGAUCAGAGUAUUUUUCACAGCUGCUCCACCUCCGAUUAUUCAAGUGUAUAGUUAGGCGUUUCGAAAGCGGGGGUGAGGGUAAAGUAUCCCUUCUGAUUAAGUCCUCUGUCUUAUCCGUUGGUGCCUGCGUUACUGUUGCAGUUAGGCUUGUGAUAAAUAUCGGACCAGAAACAUGGGCAGUAAAUGUCUUCUUAUUCUUAUGGUAGCUUUUAGGCCGGCCACAUUUUGGCAGCCUUUGCCUGUACUGGUGAUCUACGUGGUUUCCAUGCGGGGACUCCCGCCCUGGAGUGUGCCGUCUCCACAAGGCCGAGAUUACCCUCACUGGCUGGGGGGGGAGUGGAGCGGGGCCGCCGCUUAUGCCAGUGUGGUCCUAAAUGAAAGCUAA